AUGAAUUUCGACAAGUGUAACGCUUUCGAUAACCCCAACCUGACCUUCAACAACCCCGACAUGAACUUUCACAUACCCGAGCUCAGCUUCGACAAAUCCUACGUGAACUUCGACAAAUCCAACCUGAAAUUCAACAAGAGCAAUGUGGGCUUCGACACCCAGUUCGCAGGGGCCGCGAGAGAAAAUGGGAGAUGGAGAAACCAAUACCGAACUCGCUGA